GGCGGGCGCUGCGCAGAGCCCGGCUCCCCUCGGCGGCGGGCGGAAGGCCGGAGGGCGGCAGCGCCAUGCCCGGCCCGGCAGCGCCGGGGCCCGGCCCCGACCCAGAGGAGAGCUAUGAUUUUCUCUUCAAGCUGGUGCUCAUCGGGGACGCCAGCGUGGGCAAGACCUGCCUUGUGCAGCGCUUCAAGACCGGGGCCUUUGCCGAGCGCCAGGGCAGCACCAUCGGCGUGGACUUCACCAUGAAGAGCCUGGAGAUCCAGGGCAAGCGGGUGAAGUUGCAGAUCUGGGACACAGCUGGCCAGGAGAGGUUCCGCACUAUCACACAGAGUUACUACCGCAGUGCCAAUGGAGCAAUCCUGGCCUAUGACAUCAGCAAGAGAGGCUCCUUCCUGUCCAUUCCUCGCUGGAUCGAGGAUGUAAGGAAGUAUGCUGGUUCCAACAUAGUACAGCUACUGAUCGGAAACAAGUCUGACCUAAGUGACCUUCGAGAGGUUCAGCUGGAAGAAGCUCAGAGUCUGGCUGAACACUAUGAUAAUAUCAUCUGUGCCAUAGAGACCUCUGCGAAAGACUCCAGCAAUGUAGAGGAGGCUUUUGUGAAGAUGGCUACAGAGCUCAUGAUGAGACAUGGAGGGCCUAUGAUCAGUGAGAAGAAUACUGACAGCAUCAAGCUUGACAGCAAAGACGUUGCAGAAGGCUGGGGGUGUGGCUGCUGAUAUGAGCUAGGUGAUAUCCCUAACUUUACUGGAAUUUAGAUGGUGCUUCACCUUAAUGCUGAGUAGCAUGGCAGCCAUAUCCUCCUCCUCCUGUGAAACCAGCAGUUUUGUAGACAUUAGACACAAUCCUGUUUGCUUUGGUUUCUUAUUUUUAAACAGUGUCUCUUGAGAGGUAGUCCUGAAAGUCAAACCCUCUGAAAACCUUCACAUCUGGCCCCACCAUCUCCUUUUCUGUAACCUUCACCCAAGUUACAAAAGUGGAAGAAACAACUGUGAACUGGUGAUGUGGGGUAGGGAGGCAGAUGGUUGGGGAAGAGGCUGAUGCACACCCAGAGUUCUGAAGCAUUUAGCAUGGGACUGUUGGCAAAGGAGGUCACUUUUGGAAUAGGCAAUCUUAACAGUGACUCUGUAAGUCCUCAGCACUCCACCAAUGACCAGAAAGUGCCAGUGUCUUUGAUAAAGGUAUUUCAAGCGUCAGAAUUCCCAGCAUUUUGAUUACAGGACCAGAAAGCAGUAACCUGCCCUAGGGCAUGUGAAUUGCUGAUUCACGCUGGGACAGGCCCGGGUGGGGAAGUCUUCUCUCAGGUUUUGUUAGAAUUUUAAGUUAUCAAGUUAACAAAAAGCAAGAUCAGCCUGAGCAGCAUCAGAGAACUUGCUGUCAAACAGGACUGAACCAGUGUAGUUAUUUUAAAUACAGCCUUGAGGAGAGGGUAGAUGCAUUUCAUUUGUUCUUGUUUGCACAGUGAUAGCUCCCUUUUGCAAGUGAGUAUCAUUGAGUUUUUCCUCUCAGGUCCCUUAAUUUCGUUCCACAACUCAAGACCUGUGCCACUGGAAAGAGGAACUGGAGAAACCUUGAACUGACUGGUAGCCAUGAUGUCCUGCCAUGUGCCUAUUUGGUCAUAAACAGGGUUCAUUCUGGUCACACAUUUGACAUAAUGUUACCAGAGUGUUUAUUGCUUAAGUGGUGUAAGUGGAUUUGAUUUUUGGUUUGGAUUUGGGUUUUGCUUUUUGGGUGUUUUUAAACCACCUCUUUAAAAACAAUCUUGGCAUAUAAUGGGAAAGAAGACCUCUGAAGAGCUGAAAACUGCAUGCAUUGCAACUUCUUGGGUUUAAGAAACCAGCACCUUUGCAAGUAAUUCCCUCCCAACUUUGCACUCAACUGCUCCCCUCUCCCUAUCACAAGUUACCAGUUGCUGUUCGUUCCUUGAAAACACUCAUCAGGAAGAAUCUUUCACUGUUGAUCAAAGGUCUACAUUGUUAAGUUAAAUAGAUUUAGUAACACAACUCCAUAUAGUUGUCUUUCAGAUUCAGCUCUGUAUUACAUGUUGUAGGUGCAGGUGAAGUACUGAUGGCAGCAGUCCUCUCUGGACUUACACUCUCAAGCACCUUACAAAAAUGGACUUGCAAAGAGAGCAGAAGCAGGAUUAUUUUAACUCUGUGGUUAGAGCAAAGGUGUUCAGGGUGACAAAUGAUUUUUGCAAUCCUGCUACUUUAAAGGAGCUCAUUUUCAGAAAGCACACAGUUAAGGUGAAGUCACUUAUCCUGUCUGAAAAUCUUGAUCAAAAAGCACCUGGAUUGGUUUGCUGUUAGAGCUACAUUUGUUUUUAGCCAUUGAACAUAUCCAGUAUCAUGAAAAUCAGGAAGAUUUAAGAAAGGGCUAAUGGAUCAAUGGGCUAAUUUCAAUACUGUUCAUCUUCCUACAGAAAAUACUAAACCAUUCUCUAGUCUUUUUGGUUUUUUAAACUAUGAGGUAGCUAAUUGAGGCGUAAUGUAUGUUUUAUAGCCUGCUUGCUUCUAAUCUAAAGGGGUAGUUUUCAAGUUUUGUAGCUGUAAGAGUGAAAGGGCCUGAAAUUUUUCAAUUAGUAGAGUUUUCACAGUUCUGAUGUUUUAUACAGAAGGGCAGGUUGAGCUGCAGUACUUAGGAGUAUUUUUGAUAGUUUUCCAGGACAUUCCCAGCUCUCCUACAUCCAAAGACAACAGGCAAUGAGUGUCCAGCAGUAGCUAGACACUGAAAAUGAGAAUUAUCCAUACUCUAGAUUUGUUAGUGAUUAGCAAACCCUGUAUUCUGCUCCCAGGAGAAACUGUGAAGACAGUCCAAGCUAAAACUCAGUCCUGAUGACUGCUUUUCCAGCUGGUUAGCUGGUCCUGAAGAUCCAGAAUCCUAGCAAGCAUUUGACUUUGUCAUGCCAUAUUCUAGUUUACAUCUGUAGAUAACAGUCCUGCAGGUCAGCAUGCUUGAACACAGACCCUCAGAUAAGCUCAGCCUCCCACUAUUUGCAGGAUUAGUGCCAAAUUAUUUAAGUUAUGCUGAUAAAGAUUCACAUGCAUUGAAGAACGGUACUGCUACUACUCAGACUGAAAUCAGUAGUUUACAUAAUAACUCAUCUUACAACUGGAGCAAGAUGCAAAAUGAACGUAAAUCCUGCUUGCAGUGCAGUCAAUGAACGACUGUGCUUUUACGGUAGAUGGAGAAUUGAGGAACUAUUGAUCCACUUCCUUAGUUUUCAGGUUUUGUUUAGUAGACAAGUAGAAUUAGACCAAGCACUAUAAUUUUCCUUACCAUUUGCCCCCAUAUAUUCCUUAAGCUAGUCUUGAAGGCUGAGACUCUGUCUACAGGUUAGUCUGUUUCAGUCAGAAAACAUGAGAUACAGCAUCAGUGAUUUGUUGCUGUAUUUCUGAGUGAAGGCACCAACUCAGAUUAGGUUUCAUUUUGCUGUAGAAAACUAAGACUAUGGCUUUAGGUCAGCUUUGUCUCCUAACUCUCGGCUCUUCUAUGUUGUAAUGAGCCAUACAAGUUUGCAUGCCCAACCUAAUGGAACAAAAGGGAACAAAAAAACAGCCUGAAGAUUUGGUUUAUUUUUUCAGGUUAGCAGCAGAUAUGAAUGACAGUGCUUUGGCUGUCAGUAGGAAAAAGCUUAUGUCAAUUACCAAAGCCUUACAAUACUCACUAGGCUGAUAGCUUCUUGGCCAGAAAUAAAUUAGUAAGUAACUUGGAGCUUUUCACUCCCCUUCUGAAGACUUCUAUUAAAUAUGUAAUUCACACACAUAGCUAUGUAAUUCAAGUGUUAGGAAGAUAGUCCUGCUGGUUUAAUUCCAUUAAUCCUCUUGAAACCAAAAGUAUAUCUGAGUGAGGAGAGUAGCAAUAAACCUGGGAUUUACGGGUAAAAACCUCUAUUUCAAACCUUAGGGUACAAUGCACACUGCCAUACAGCAAGUGAAUAAUUCAGUAAUGCACAAGCAGAGUUCACAGCACCAACAUUUGCCAAGAAGCCUGGUUACUGGCAGUUGAACAUUAACAAGACUAGGGUGCAGUAAUUGCUUUUAAGCAGAUCUCCUUGGCUGACCAUGUAUUUGCAUCAGUAUUUAUCAUUUAUUUUUGGCAAUGCCCAAAGUGUGCAAAAUAUUACAAAGACACAGAAGGGACCAUUAAUCCCUGCCUUGUAACACUUAGGAGUGGAAUGCAGAGGCAAAUACUGAACUGAAAUAAUCAGCAGAAUGUGGUACUCAGGAGCUUUCUGCAUUGAUUUUGAUUUAAACUAAUUUUAUCUGCAGUUACUCAUCCAGUCCAUCAAGGAUGGAACUUGCACACAUAUCUAGAAUUAUGUAAAUAUAACACCAAAUAAAGCUCAGCCCAGAAACCUGCUAACAUUUACUUUGCAAAACAAAAUGAACACAGCCUAAGUCCUAAUGAUUUUAUCACUCACUGCAGUGGAAAGCAGGUCCCUUCUGCAGGGGGUAGAACUACAAAACUAAAUUAAGCUCAGCUAAUACCCAUUGAUUUCUAAGAACUUAAUGAAAAUGAGAGCUCUUGAUCAGUCUUUUCUUUGCCGUUAAAGAAGAUCAUAUUUAUUUGAAGAACAGGAGCUGACCAUCAGAUGCACUAUACCUGUGUUGCUGCAGUAGUACCUUACAGUAUGUAUACACAUGCAGUAACACCCUUAAAUAACAUGAAAGCCUUUCUGCCAUCUGCCCCAGUAUAGCCUGUCCCACUAAGAUUUAUAUCUCUCCUACUAAAUCUCAUAGCCCCAGCCAGUUGACCAUUUGAGUGUCUUUUGGCAUCUCAUGCCAAUCCUGAGGGAACUGGGAGGUAAUAUUAUUAGUUUCUCUUCAUGGGAUUGUUUUACUCAUAUAAUGAGUCUCUUUAAAUCAAGAUUAAUUUGUGUUAUAUCAUGAAUAGAAAUGGUUUUAUCUUCACCUGUCCUGCUCCCAAAACAUUUCUGUGUUAACAGACCACUGAAUUUUACCCUGUUGCAUUAUUCUGGGUAAACAGUGUGCUGGAGGAAAAUGAUGUGAGAACAAUACAUGCUUUGUGAAACUGAAAAAUAAAGUUACUCUCCUUUUGGUAUCUUCCAGCCUUGGAGGGUGCUCAGUUUAACCCGUCAGUCAUUCUCUGUGGAGACUUCACAGAAACAAACCAGGUUACAGGUAGAGUGUGCACCCAGUGAACAGGGAAAAUCCAAGGACACAGGAGUUCAUUUGUGGAGAGGUAGUUCCCAGGUGAUGCACUUUGCCCCAGCAGCUGAUGAUGACUACGUAGCUUGAAUUCCUGCCCUUGUGGUACAAGAAGUGUUAAAGAGCAACAGAUCCAAGGGCAUGCAUGUGUAGUUCUUGGUGAAAUUGAAAGGAAAUGAAGCCCAAAGUUUAGGGUAAUUAAGUGGUUAGGGUGAUCAGCCUUUCUCAAAUGAUACUAGAAUGUUUUAUCAACUAAAAGGCAUUCCAGAUUUACAAACUGGGCCAUAAAAGAUGUCACAUUGUUACUGCAGAUCAGUGGUUAUAGUUGUAUGAAGUAUAGUGACUUCAGAGUCACAGAGCAGAGUCCUUUCUAAUCGGGCUGUUCUCAGAUCUGACGGCUCUUUUUCAUGCUGUGAAGAAAUACUGCCUCAGUUUUAUUUUUGUAGUAUCUUUUGGUGCUGAACAUCCCACUGAGACUUCAGUUAGAGAACUAGCCUUCUGGGUGCCUUAGUUUUUACUGGCCAGAUGAUGUUAGAUUUAACUCUAUUGAAUUAGGUUAUAGAGCUAUUUGAAGCAGAAAAAAAUCUCAGAUGGAAGCAUUUAACUGCAGUCCCCACUGCUUACUUUAGGAAAAAACUCACAACUAUUCCACAAGUAGAUGAUGUGAUUUCCAGCACAAGCUUAGCCCUCGGCAUCUUUAUCAUUUCAUUGUAGUUUACUUGGAAAAGAGCAAAACAAACAAACCAACCCAAAUCUGUAUUUGCUGUUCAUGGAAUUGGUGCCAGAGGUUAGACAUGAAUAGCCAGCACACUCACCUACCCUGAUCUUAGACAGCAUUUUUUAAUAUGACUGAAAAACAUUAAAAUGCACUUUAAAAAUAAUUCUUCGAAGCACAAAAGGGUUGCCAUUUUAAUUCCCUUUUUUAACAAGGGUUUCUAUUACUUGAAUACUGAUACAGGUAGUUAUAAGUAACUUUAGGUGUCACUGAAGACAGAUUGUGUCAAUGAUUGUCUUGGGUUUCCAUAUGAGUCAGCAGCCAGCAGAAAACAAAGGAACUGAAUAACUUCACAAGAAUGAGUAAAGUGAAGCCUGAGAAAGAGUCAGGGAAGAUUUUCUGCUUAGUUUGAUUAAAUGUGUUGGGUUUAAUCAACACUUACUUUCCUUCCCAGAAGUAAAAUAAUGCACUACCAAAGUAGUUUUUGGGGCUUUCCUGUUCCACUUCUGGUACAACAGAAAACUGCUGGCUAUACAGAUGAAGAGUGGACUGCUAAACCAGUGAACUGGAUGGCAGCAGCACAGUUUAACAUUUGGAGAGCUGUGAAGUUGGCUUAAAGCUGCAUUUAGAACCUAUUCCUCCAUUAUGAGGUUAAAAGUAUGUCUGUCUCCCCCAGGAAACCAUUUGAAAACCUUUAAAGAUCCAACAUGGCACUUGAUUUUUUUAGACUUUAAUUAUUUCCAAUUUGAUUAUGCAGCUGAACUGCUGACACUGAUUUCUACUUUCUUUCAACCUCAGAUUUAACAGAAAACCGAGUAUUAACACUCCUAUCACAAAGCACUGAAGAUCCACCAGAUACUGUAAUUGACAAGUUCUUGCCCGUGUAUAGCUGUCAGCCUCCUGCUCCUGGGAAAGCUAUUUAAUAUCUGUAGUAUCACUACAGAUAUUAAAUCAGUCAAGCCCAAAUAGGCAAUGUAGGUCAGGGUAAGAUACAGCAUGUAUUAGGUAUAUAUUAGAUAGAUACACAAAGCUGCUUCUGUUUAAAGCCACUUCUGUCUAAGGCUCACCUACCCCAUUCAAAAUUUGCUAUUAUAGCUAGAUUCCUGCAAGUGAACUAUUCUCCUUUAGUCAUGAGCAUACCAUUAAAAAAAUCCUACAUUUAUAGCUUUUAAUUUUGAAGCCUAGACUGGGAUACUAAGAACAGCAGUCAUCUAUUUUCAGCUUUCAGAAGAACAUAUAUCUUAUCACUGACUACUCUGUAGGAAUUUAAACCUUAAUUCCCCUAUAAACUCACUCAGACAUCUUAAAUUACACAUUAUAUAUUCAGAUAUAAUAGCUAGCUAAAAGAAUCCAAGUUUCUGUAAGUUUGGGCUUAAAGUACCUUACAUAGGACCAAAAUUGUGGCAAGCUAGCACAGAUUUCUAAUUGUUCAAUCAAUACAAAAAGACCCUUAGACACAAAGAUUAUCUUCUCCAGAUAAAAGCAGAGGAAAACAUUAAAUAGAAGAGUGUAUUUUCUUAUAAAUAGUCUUUUUAAGGCACUUGCCCAACCCAGUCUGUGUAGUUCCAAAAGCCAGCCUCUGUUCAGUAACCACUAAGUAACAGCCUAUUACACUGCACUCUGCUGCAGAACUUGAGAUGAUCAACACCCAUUUCCUCCGCAAUAAAUGCUGUGAACAAUAUAGACUCAUAUGAAGAUGUGAGGGAGUGAUUUUGGAAACUAUUGUGAGAACAAGGGUAUGAAAGAUUGUCCUUUGAACACGGCAUGCAAACUUGUCAAUUUGAAGGUACUUUUAAAAGCUGAGUUAAGAGCUGAAUUUCAGAGACAUCAAAACUGCAGACAGAUGCCUGCCAAUGUCUUCAAAAGCACCUAGUUACCACUGCAAAAAAGCACAAGACCUGGAUGGAACUGGUUUUGCACUAAGGGGAAAUAGUUAUCAGGAAAAAAAGAUACAUUCAUGUGAAAGGCAGAGCAUCCUGAUUAUUCUGCAUUUUCAUGUUCAUUCCCUACUUCAAUGCUAUGCAUCAGUAAGCAUUUUUCCCUUUAUAAAUGGUAUUUAAAUAGAUUAUUCUAAGUGUGAAAAGUAGUUUGCUACUUGACCAAAUAAAAUGCUGUGUACAUUUUUCUUAAGAGAGUGAUAAUAUUGAUGACUUUGCUGAGAGAGUCUGGUGGUGUGAUGUAAGAGAUUCACCAGGUAAAGGGUUAGAAUGGUGCUACACACACACACACCAUUUCAAAGCCAGGGAAGCCAACGGAUGAGAUCAGACACUCUCCUGCUUGCCAGACAGAAGGUAGAUACAGACAUAUACUGAGCAGAAGGUGAAUUUAGUUAUUUGUAACUGUUUUUAAGGACUUCUGGUUUUUAAGUCUGUAAGGAGAAAUGCUGAGAUUUUUGAUAGUCAGGUAUGCUCCGUGCUGCCAACCAGCUUUUCCCACUGCUGUGCCUCACUCACUGAUACCUGACAGGUAUAAACCCCACAACUCCAGAGACCAGGUAGCAAUCAAGUGAGUCUGGCUGAGACACCUGCUGGGGAGAAAAUAUAAGUCUCUAAUUCAUAUUGAAUUCACUGCAUUCCAAAAUCAGAUGAGGGGUUUGGAUGAUAACAGUAUUAAAAUUAUUCUGCAUUUUCUAGGAUGAAUCUGUUGCUGUUUUUCAAGGUUUCUUCAAGAAAUGCAGGCUGGACAUUUCUAAUCAGCAGGAACUACUUUGCUUUUAAACUUUAUCACAAUACUUAGAUCAUUUGGAAUAUGAGGAGACAAGGGAGCAAGCUUGCAUAUUACAGUAAUUUUUUAUACUUUACCUUCAUCUAUUUAUGAAUUUAUUAUGAAAAAUAUUUUUAAACAUAUGAAUCCUACUUUUUGUUGUGAAUUUUAGCAAAGUAGUGGACACAUUGUACUGUGUAUCAUUAAAAAGGUUUAAUUAAAGUAAA